CUUCACCAUCAUCAUCUUGUUGUACAGGAUUGUCACCAACUUGUAAACAAGCCGGUCACAUUAAUCAAAACAUGGCGGCGUCUAACUAUUCCCUGAAGGUCAACAGAGACCUGCUGGACCCGAGCUUCGAAAGUUACCGGUUAUCUCUGGACGCCAUCCCAACCUACAACGUAGAGCUGGACGCUGCUGUGGAGGAAGUGAAGCUGAAGGACACUCAGUACACCCUGGAACAUAUGCGUGCUUUUGGCAUGUACAACUACCUGCACUUAGACCCUUGGUAUGAAGAUAGUGUUUUAUUUGUGGACUGCAAAGGACGAGUUCUCAGCCUCUCCGUCACUCUGGACACCGCCCUCGGGAAGCCAAGAGAGGUUUUCCGUAUCAGCGCUGACUCCAGCCGGUGUGAGGAUCGUCUCUGUGCCUCCCUCAGCCUCACCUCCGCCACCUGGGCCGCUCUCUCUGACGGCACCGGCCGACUCCACCUCCUCCGCACGGGCAAGAGGGGAGACAGCUCUCAUACGAAGUGGGAGCCGCUGUUCAGCGAAGACACGGGGGAGCCGUUCACCGUCCUCCACAGCGUCUCACACGUCCAGGCCGGAGUUCACAACAUGGAGGUUCUGCUGCUCCGCAUCCAGAAGGACCCGCAGGAAACCAAAGGAAGCGGGUACUCUGUGUCUCUGGAGUGGAUCACAGUCGCCAACACUGCAGGACAUGGUCAGGAGAAGAGCUACGAGGUGAGGAAGAGGAGGGUCCUCAGGGGGAAGUCGGUGCCUCACUACGCGGCGGUGGAGCCGCGGGGGAGGGGGCUGAUGGUGGCCUCGGAGAAACCGUUUGUCUUCACGCACGUGGACGGUCGUCCUGUGGAGCAGCCCGAGCCGGAGCCCAUGGAGGAGGAGAAGACAGAUCCCAUUUACUUCUGGCAGCAGACGAUGGAGGACAUCACCGUGUGUGUGCGCCUCCCCGAGGGCAUCACCAAGGAGGAGGUGCAGUACAGGCUGACGGCCGACAACGUCAGCAUCGGAGUCCAGGGUUUUCCUCCUCUACUGCAAGGCCAGCUGUUUGCACCUGUAGACCCCGAGGCCAGCGCCUGGAUCAUCAGAGACAACAAAAGUCUGGAGGUGACCUUGCAGAAGCGCAGUGAGGGACCCGUGUGGCCGGAGCUGGUGAUGGGCGACAGGAGGGGAGAGCAUGUGAUGAGUGACGAGCAGGCCGCCCUGAUCCACCAGAGACUGACCCACCUGACCUCUGAAGACCUGAACGGGAACCCUGACAGGGACAAGCCUCCUUGUAACUCUCAGGAGCUGGAGGACUGUGAUGGCUUCCCAGAAGACAGCUCCAGCCUCACACACUUCGAUGGAGAAUCUCUCCGACCCACUCAGGUGGUGAACCUGGGCAGCCAUCAGUACCUGUUCACAGUCGACGUGAACCCGUCUGAGAUGCCUUGUCUCUGUCUCCGACACGACGUGGACGCUCUGGUGUGGCAGCCUCGUCCCGACCGGCCCAGUGACAUGUGGGAGCACGUCGCCACCUUCAACGCCCUGGGCUACGUUCAGGCGUCCAAAAGGGACAAAAAGUUUGCGACCUGUGCUCCGAACUUCUCCUACGCGUCUCUGUGCGAGUGUCUCCGCCGCGCCUUCAUCUACAGACAGCCGUCGCCGGUGGAAACCGUGCUCUUCAACAGGAAGCAGGGACGUCAGGUAGGGCAGGUCGCCAAGCAACAGGUGGCCAGUCUGGACUCGGACAAACCCAUCCUGGGCUUCAGAGCGACCAAUGAGAGACUGUACAUCCUGACCUCCAGUAACCUCUUCGUCCUAAAGGUCAAUAAUAAUUAGAAAGGUUUCAUCAUUCCAAAAUGAAGAAGUGUCAAGUGUUUUCCUCUUUUCACAUUUUCAUCUGUGAAGAAUCUGUCGUUCAAGAUCAAAGAGUCAAGAAGCAGCUCUGGACUAAUUAUGAUAAUGAGCUGUAACGAGCUGAAGGUUUGUAAAUGAAUGUCAACGAUUAAAUAUGAAUCAACGCA